AUGAGUGGACUAGAUGAAUGUGAUGUGGAGACUUACAAUAAUUUAUUUACGUGUCCUGAGGAUGAGAUCGAUUUCUUUUCUAAUGAUGAGUUCAGAGUAAGUAAUUAUUGAAUUAGUCAUGAAAAAUUUUUGUUCCUUUUAGAAUAACGUGGAUUUAGCCCCUUCGGAUGUGGAUAUAUUGAAUGAUUACAAGUGGGAUCAAAAAUUUACACCAGAAUCUUCAGACUCUGGUAAUUAUUCUCCUGGAAGUUCAAAUGACGACGUCUCCAAAUAUGAUGUAGAAACCCAUUUCUUUGCAUCUUCGGCAAUACGAGACAACGAUGUAUAUUCUCCGUUUUCAUCCAGUUCGCAUUGUCAGGUAUGUCUUAUUAAAAUUGAUGGAGAUUUUAGGCAUCACCUGAAAAUAAUUAUAUUACAAUGCCAUCACCACAACCUCAAAACUUCCAAACACAACUGCCAAUUAAAACAGUGCCUCUAAAUACCGUGAUGUUAGCCACGCCGGUAACUUUAGUCCCGGCCACCAGGCUUGUUGUAGCGACUCCGAUUUCCUCCAGUUCUGUUCAAUUGUCGAAUAGCAAUAUUAUCGCGAAUGCUGUGAAAAGUGGCGACGCAGAGGUAAGUUCCUGUAGGGUGAUUUAUUUAUACCGGUGAAACUCAUGAUAUUUUAGAAUGGAUUUAUAAAGAAGAUCGAAGAUAAACGUCUCCGGAAUCGGGCGGCAGCUCAAGCCUCGAGGUAUCGAAAGCGCAUGGAAUUGGACAACAUGAAGCAACAACUAACUGAAUACGAAGCUGAGUGUAAUCGGCUGAAAGAAGAGAAUAAGUUUUUAAAAGAGCGAGUUCGUGAGCUAGAAGAAGAAAGGGAGCUCUUCUCGAACAGGAAAUCCUAUAAUGUUCCUCAUAAGAAGGCGAAGAAGGUAGCCGGAGUUUGUUUGGCAUUCUGUGCCCUUUUAUUUACCUUGAAUAACGGCUACACUGACAGGCAAGUUUUUUUGGAAUGUCAUGUUAUCUUCGUUUUAGUCCUCCCGUAUCGACAGAACUACAGUUGGCGACGUCUUCUGAUCUCAUAUUCCUAAAGGAACAUCAUGGUCGAUCUUUACCUCAAGUUUCAUAUAAUCAUUACAAUGCUUCAACCUCUGCUAACAGUACAAUAUGCACUUAUACAUCCCUGAACACCACAGAAAAAUUAAGGUAAAGACUUAUAUGUCAUAGUUAUGUGUUUUAGGCUUAAUAGAGACCUGAAUGGGUGGAUUAAACGGCAUGAGCAGCUUAAUCUGGUUGAACUGAGGAAGGGCGUGGAUCCAUUUUUAAUCUACAACAGCCCGAAGUCAUUAGUUUUUAAGAAUGUGACUCAAAUUCGUAACCAUACGGACAAUAAGGAAGAUAUCUUGAAGAAAAGGAUCCAAUCCAGAAGGAAGGUAAUGAAGAAGCGGACUGACGAGACGGACACAUCAGCGUUCUUGUGAGUUUAAGAUUGUUUCAAAUUCAUCAAGCAUUUUUAUAUACGAGUUUCAGGCCAUCCGUACUCAAUAUAACAAGAAAUGGAUAUGAUGUCCGAAACAGCUUGAUGGAUAAGUUAAAAAGGGCUAUCAAGCGGGAGGACGACGUUCUUUAUCUCGUCAUGAUGCGGGUUUGUAUCUUGUUUUGCUAUUGCAAAUCUAAGAACCCAAUUUUAUUGUGCUGUUUUGCAGGAGUAUUUCCUUUUCCCCACCUUGAAUGCCAACUUCACCCAACCACCGAAACUCACCAUUGUAAUACCAGCCUUAACCCAACAAGAAGCCGGUCUGGAGUUAAAGAUGUUGCAAAUCGACACGCAGGUGGUGGGCACGGGCCUUUUCCAGCUUUCGAAGGAUAUCGUAUCCCUUCUAAAUCAAUCGGACACCCCUUAA